AUGACUUCUUUUCCAGAAUCAGUACCUUCGUCGGUAACUUCAACGGCCAGUAAUCAGAUAAACAAGAUGGACCGAAAACGCAGGGAUAACAUCAAUGACAGCAUUCAACAACUUUUGACCAUGAUACCAACUGAAUAUUUUGAGGAAUUUUACAGGAAGGCUUCGGCACAGCAGGACGUGGAAUCUCUUGAUGGUGACACUCCACUUAGUGCAGCGACUCCCAAAGGAAGUGUUGGCAAUAGCUCUAAGGUGAAGGGUUCAGGUACAAGGGACGGUAAACCGAACAAGGGUCAAAUCCUGACUCAGGCCGUCGAAUAUAUCACACGGCUCCAGAACGAAGUUGACACAAGGAAUAGAGAAGAAGUUGAAUUGAUUUUAAAAGUUCAAGGACUGAGUGCCAAAACAGGAACUAUUGUCAAUGACGUCAAUCUUGAGAAUACCAGUGCAGAAGUCGCACUGGCAAAAAUUGGUGUAGGUCCUCUGGCUGGUGAGAUACCUGCAACGAGCGAUCGCGGUGAAGACGCUGAAUUACAAGAAACUCAGUCAAUAUCGCAACCACCACAGUCACAGUUUCCACAAGACUCACACCCGCCUCCGCCGCAUGUUAGCAGUUUUGAAUACGGCGGUUACUCAGAGUAUGGAAACGGUAACUAG